GAUGUAGAUGCCGGCUCUGUUCCCGGACUUCAGCGGCCGGUCCACGUGGACCUGGGUCGCGGUGGGACGGGAGCCCACCCCCUGCGCGUGGGGGAGGGAGAGCUGCAGCAAGGUUCCCCUUUUUCUUCAGCUCAGAGCUUUGAGAAGUAAUUGCUAAAGAUCCAAGCUCCCAGACUGCACUGAAGGUCCAGAGCUGGCACCACAGAACCCGGGCAACCCCCUCUACCCACACAUGCCCACCCCACAUGAGGCUGAGAAACAGCACACAGGACCAGAGGAGGCGGACAGGCCCCCCUCGAUGUCCAGCCAUGAUGCAGCCCCCUCAGGACCCCCCAGUCGCAACCCCUGCUGCUUAUGCUGGUGCUGCUGCUGCAGCUGCUCCUGGAACCAAGAACGGCAGCGAGCUUGGCAGGCUUCUCGGGAAAGCAAACUGCAACCCCUCCCCAGCUGUGAAGUUUGCACUCCACCAAGCCCUGAGGAAGUACAAAGCUGGGCACAGUCCUUUGACAAGUUGAUGCAUAGCCCCACGGGCCGCAGUGUGUUCCGGGCAUUCCUGCGCACAGAAUACAGCGAAGAGAACAUGCUCUUCUGGCUGGCCUGUGAGGAGUUGAAAGCAGAGGCCAACCAACAUGUGGUGGAUGAGAAGGCGCGACUUAUCUAUGAGGACUACGUGUCCAUCCUGUCCCCCAAGGAGGUGAGCCUGGACUCCCGUGUGCGAGAAGGCAUCAAUAGGAAGAUGCAAGAGCCAUCGCCACACACAUUUGAUGAUGCACAGCUGCAGAUCUACACCCUCAUGCACCGGGACUCCUAUCCUCGCUUCCUCACCUCUCCCGCCUAUCGUUCUCUGCUACUCCAGGGGGCCCCACAGUCCUCCUCUGAGGCCUAGGUGCUUGCCACACAGAUGUUCUACACCUACGGGCAGACUAGGGGCUAACCCUGCCCCAUUUGGUUGGAAGUAGAUUCUGUCCCAGUGGCAACUGCAAUGUUCUGCUCUGCCCUAGCCUGCUCCAACUGGGGGUUCUCCUAGAUGGUGCCUCAGACCCUCCGGUCACGUGCCCAAGAGAUGUUCUCAUAGAGAACAGCCUAGGCCAACAGGUUUGUAGCAGGAGAACUGUUUAUUCCUCAGAACCAGAUGUAGGACCUCAGAGUCAGGCUCAAAUAAAGAGCCCAUUUAUAUUUUAUAUGUUAAUGAACUUUAAAAUUCGAAAUAUGUCCUUAAUGUACAUUUUAUCAAAAGAAAAAAGGCUUUCACAGUCACCUGUAUUCCCUCACAUGCCAAAAACAUGAUAUAAUAUUCUUGACCUUUUAAAAAUAAGUUUCCGUUUAUCCCACAGUUGGAGAAGAGGCUUAUCCAUCCAGACUCUACCCUGUGCCCUUCCCCCGUAACAGUAGCCUUAGUAGGUAACUAUUCGGGGCCCUGUCCAAGGUAUGGCUCUAGGAACUGGCCUCAACUCUUAAAUGGGUCAGCACCCCACAAAGGCUUGAGAAGAUUAUCCCACAUUCCUGUGUACUUGGUGAAAUGUCUUCCUAGAGGCUGGUAGGGACAAAGCUGAUGGUGUAGCCUCCUCAAAGUAGCUGGGAACAAUGUCAUCUUCAUCUUAUGGGUCCAAUAAAGCAAAGCACCCACUA